CUUGAACUAAGAACGCUGUGUUUUCUGCAGCGCGCACUGAUUGUCACUGUACGGGAGAUUUGAGCGGCGGUAGCACGGGCAGUAUACUUGUGCAGGGCUGUGCAUCGUGCUUAUCCACUACCGGGCCGGGGGUCGUGCGCCCGAGCACACUCCCCUCACCCGGGUCCUUCACCGGUGUCUUUCCGCCACGCUCGCCAGGAGCAAGUGUCCGUGAUGUCGCAGGCCGUGCUGCGGGAUGAGAACCAGGAGAAUGUGCAGCCGCGGAAGCAUGUGGCCGGGCAGCCUGCCCUACAGGGAGGCCGCACCGUGCUGGGGGUGCUGCAGGAGAACCGGAGGCCCCGGGCACCGGCUAGAGGAGGCAAGCAGCAACCGCCGCCGGUUCUGACGGCACAUAAUCCACUGGGCAUUAACAAUGAGAACUAUGGCAGCAUCCCAACUGGAAAAGCUGUGGGGAAACAGUCUGCUUUUACAAUUCAUGUUGAUGAGCCAGACUGUGCAAGUCACAGGAGGCAACAUGCCCCCAAAAAGCCUGCAAUUGAUGAGCACCUUAAACAGCUUAAUGCAGUUGUCAUUUCACUUGGACAGAGACAGCCACUGGCAGCUAUAGAUAUUCCAGUGAAUGCAAGUUUUGAUUCCCCAAUGGAUAUGUCAAUUGUGGAUGAAGAGGAAAAGCCAGUCCGUAGUAAUGAAGCUCUGGACUAUGCGGAGGAGAUUCACACGUACCUCAGAGAAAUGGAGAUAAAGUGCAAACCAAAGGCUGGCUAUAUGCAAAAACAGCCUGACAUAACAAGUAACAUGCGUGCAAUACUUGUUGACUGGCUAGUAGAAGUGGGUGAAGAGUACAAAUUGCAAAAUGAGACUCUGUAUUUGGCUGUAAACUAUAUUGACAGAUUUCUGUCUUCAAUGUCUGUUCUCCGUGGAAAGCUUCAACUGGUUGGCACUGCUGCUAUGCUCUUGGCCUCGAAGUUUGAAGAAAUCUACCCACCAGAAGUUGCAGAAUUUGUUUACAUAACUGAUGACACUUACAACAAGAAACAAGUCCUUAAAAUGGAACACUUAGUGCUCAAAGUCUUAUCUUUUGACCUUGCUGCACCAACAAUCCUACAAUACCUCAAUCAAUACUUCUGGCAUCAUCCUGUGACCCCUAAAAUGGAAAGUUUGUGCAUGUAUCUUGGAGAACUCUUCUUAAUCGAUGCACAUCCCUUCCUACAAUAUCUGCCAUCAAUCAUUGCUGGAUCAUCUUUUGUCAUUGCAAACUACAUCAUUAAUGAGGAAACAUGGCCGGAUUCAUUGGCCCAGUUCACAGGAUACUCCUUGGAAAGCCUUAAACCUUGCAUAUUGGAUCUUCAUCAGACCUACUUCUCAGCAGCAACUCACCAGCAGCAGGCUGUGCGUGAGAAAUACAAGACUGUAAAGUAUCAUGGUGUAUCAACAAUUGAUCCUCCUGAGUCACUGUCUAUAUUUUCAUAACAAAGAUGGACUUUUCUAAUGUAUAUUGAAGAAAGCACAUGAUGUACAGUUAUAUUUUACUACAAUGGAAGACUUUGUUUUUGUAACUCAAUCGGGUAUCCAUAAACUGAUCUAAACGACAGAAUUAUGAAGCAAAGUUAGUUUUUAUGUUCUUACAUUUUGUAAAUUUUAUGUAUUUGUAAUCUUGUUUUUAGAUUUCUUAUCAGAGCUCUUUUAUAAAGCUGUUUGCAGACUGCACUAACAAAGCAGUUAGCAUUUGUUUAACUAAAUUCAUCACUGUUUCUGACAAUAAAUGUUAACUAAACAGCAAAA